AUGUGUACUUGUAUUGCUCAUCCACAUUGUCUUUCUAUUAGUCUUAUGGUAAUAUCAACUAAUCUAUAUUAUUGUCAAUUAUAUGCAACAUAUCCAGUAAAAAGUUCUCAAUUAUCAUCAUCAUUAACAUCAAAUGUAACUAUUUAUACCAAUCGAACAUUAACUUCAGUUUAUGUUAAUAAUGGAACACAUUUAACAAAUCCUAAAAGUCUAUUUUCAAAUACUACAAGUCCCUGGAUACCAAUAUUUAAAAUAUUUACUGGAAAUAAUCAAUUAUUUUUAGGUUUAAAUUCAAGUAAUUUAACAACUUUAUCACCAAUACCUCAAAUUUCAAUUACUCAAACAGCAUCUCAUUGGUUUAAUAUAUUAAUUUCUCAAUGGAAUCAAAAUUCCUAUAUACCACAACAAGUCGGUCUAGCUUUUAUUGUUAAUCAAACAAAUAUUUUUGAAUUCCUUAUCUUUAAUUCUACACAAUCAACUACAACAAAUUGGUUUUCAAUAUUACGUUUAAUUUCUUCACAAUUUUGGGGAAUAGCACAAUAUCAAAGUACAUCAGUUGGUCAAUCACAAAUGAUACCAUUAUAUACCGAUAGUGAUUGUAUAAGAUCAUUUAAUUGUAAUUUUAAAUAUUCAACUAGUGGAUGCACACAAGAUUUUUAUGGAUUCUUUUUUAUUUAUGGUGGUUAUAGAGAUUUAUGUAUUGCUGCUGCUCGAAAUAUAUCGAAAGUACCUGUUCCAUCUGUUUUCUAUUGUCCAACAACAGCUUAUACCAAUGGAAAUCUUAAUUAUUUUAAUAUUAGCAAUGGUGUAAUGGGUUUUAUUCGAUGA